CCUGGAGAUCAUCCCCGCCACCGCGGGGGACUUCUGAAUACCAUUAGAAAAGAACAAGGCACAUGCCGGGAAUACCAAUCGAUCCCACGUACGGUGCAUUAUUUAAACCCGCAUGUAUACCGCUGCAUUCUCUCUCCCUUUGCUUUUCAGCUAUCCAGAUCUUAUCGCUUCCACUUCAUCGUGACCCAGCUAUUCGAGAAGUGAAGCUAUACGACAUAUGCCCUUGACAAACCUCUUCAAAAUACUUUCCCUCCGCACUACCUACUCACUGGCCGGUCCCGUCGGACGCAGUGGUCAUACAUUAGGCAAAAUGCCUUCAGAAUUCCGUGGCUCAAGCAGGCGAGGCAACUUCGCCCCCGCUGCCCGUCCCAAACAGUCUGCCUUGGAAUGGGUGAAGUCUCGCGUGAGCACUCGCCGACUUCUCUGGUGGAUUGCCCUCCUGAAUUCUAUUGGCUGUGUCCUUGUAGGCGUCACAAUCCUAUAUGACUGGUGGUAUCUCUCACCUCACUCUAGUCGUGCGGAUCUCCUGCGUCGCUGGGGAGUGUUUGAACACCGGUUACUGGAUAAUAAGUGUUAUCGCCAGGAUCGCACAGCAACCCUUCUCUCCAUCUUCACAGGGCCGGCUUGUGUUGCAUGUCAGCGGAGUGGCAUCCUAUGCGUCUCCAACUACCAGCGCAAAACCCGCCUGCACGGAAGCGUCGAGACCAUUCGUGACCGGAUCCAAUGUCUCGAAGCCAUUGUGAAAGGGUCAUUUCCUGGGGCGCCUCUGGACAGCAUUCCCGUUCUCCUGCAGUUCGGCCGGAAUGCCGGCUAUCCAAUACCACGGUUAAGCACGGAACCACACGAUGAUAUCGAGCACUGCGCCGAUAAAUCCAGCCAGCCAAUGCCGCGGCUUGUCAAAGACAGUCGAGGCCAUUCCCACUACAUUGGACCGUCCGGCUCUUUUUGUUUCUUUGCGGAUCUCCGCAGCCUGAUAUCGGAGCGACAGCCGUCCUCUCGGUUUGCGACGGACACUGUUGCGGAGGCAUUGGAGGUUCAAUACCACCAGAGCCGAUGGACGUUGUCUGGUGUCAACUCCUACCUGGAGGAAGAUACGCGUGUCCAAGAACAACGCCUCUCCGGGCACAGCUGCAGAGAAUUCCCAGAGACUCCCUUCAAAAUUGACAACGGUUGGACGGCCUGUGUCCACACAGCUCUGGCGUUCGCUUGCUGGAUCUCGGAUGACAGCAUCCGGGACCACAUUACGGACCUGGACAUGCUGCGUUCACGCUGCUGGACCCUCGCUCGAGAAGCGUUGCCAAAUCUGUUGACCUCAUCUACGGUUUCCAACAUCCAAGCCCUAUUGCUGAUGGCAAUACUCUUGCACAACAACAAUGAUCGGAAUGCCGCAUGGACUCUAACAGGUGGCGCCGCACGACUAGCCAUUGCUCUCGGCUUGCACCGAAGCGAUGUCAACAACAGUCUCCGUCUAAUAGAGCGAGAAAUUCGAGAUCGGGUGUGGUAUGUCUUAUUCUCAUUCGAGCAAUUUCUCUGUUUAUCUUUGGGACGUCCCAGUGCUAUCGAUUGUCCAGAGGUCGCUCUGGAACCCGCUUGUGAGGACCUCUCCGGUAGCAAUUGGGCCCCCCCUCAGUACGUUCAGGUGGCUGUUGACCUGCAGCGACGGGCCAGUAGGCUUCGGGAUGCCAUAUGCUUCGUCCAUAGACCUUCAUUCCCGGUGUUGUCCGCUGAUUCUCCCGUCGCCGAUCCCAUAACCCUCCUGGGCAGCUUAAAAACAUGGGAGAGCACAAUGCCCACAUAUCUCACCGUGCCAGUCCACAUCUUGCAUGCUUGCCCCACGCCCUGUGUGGCUGACUUGGAUACAUUCAUCUCUCGUUGUCCGCCUUCUCACCUACGCCCAAUGGUCCUCCUGCACAUGAAUUACAACAACUUGAUUAUCCAGCUUACUCGUCCAUACUUGCUGACAGUUAUAUCCGCAAACCGAGGACCAAAUCCAAGACAGUACUAUCCGUGGACCACUCCUGACAACGAUCUAAAAAGUCUAGGACGGGUCACAGAGUACCUAGCUCGCACCUGUCUCACAUCAGCAUCACGUAUCAUAAACCUCCUUGUUUUGCUGGAGUCUACACGUGCCAUCAACGGAAAGUCUGGCCUCGAUCUGUUCUACGGGUACUCUGCCGGUAUGGUCUUGCUUCUGCGUCGGCUGUGGGUUCUGCCACCACAUCCAUCGAGGCAAACAGAGGAACUAGAGGGUACUACCCAGUCUCAGGUUCAAUCCAUGGUGGCACGACUGCAGUCCGUCAUGGAAGUUCAUGCGAAAUGCUCGACCAUGCAAAGGUUCAAGGCGGUUCUGCAGAAGUUCGAUGAGGCAGUCAUGGCAAAUGCGCGAUCUGGCGCCGAAAAUCCGAGCAGUGACAACCACUGCCCAUUAACCCCGACAGACAACGAAAGCCAUACGCGGAUCUUGGACGCACAUAUUCUAUGCCCCAGCGACCAGGAUGGUGACCCCGAUGCCUCGAUUUCAGGUAGUCUAAGUGCAUGGCAAGAGUCUAUGCAGGCAGUUACGCAGUAUAGCCUGGACUGGAGCAACUUUGAACAGUUCCUUGGCAGCCUGAACCUGGCCUAAGUGCAAAGACGAUUAGCAAAGGCUCUAUCUUGAGGCUUAAUCAUCUAAUACCCAUAGCUUGAAGAUCUCAGUGUGAAGAUAAUCUCAGAAGUUAGUGAGGGAUAUUUGAAGAAGCACCCAUCAGGUACAUAACCCCCCUUGGUACAGGGAUUCUAGAAGGAUAGGCCGGUAGCAAUCAUGUGAGCCUUAGGGACAGCUCAUUCAGGAGGACAUGUCAUUGGACCUCAAAAUCACUUAUGCAUUCUGCCAACAAUUUGCACUCUCUCCUGGCUAAUUCCUCCACAUACCCAGAAC